UCCAGUGUCCAGGAUUUUUUUGUGGUUGGUGUAAUAUUUAUCAGAAAUGCAAAUACCUGUUGAGUUUGAAAUUCAAGUACUAUAUAUAGAUUUAUAUAUAUAUAGUAUCUAAUUCUUAUAUAAGCGCCAAAUAUCCGGAAUCUAAUUGAGCAAGAUCUUGAAAUACAUAGACUGCGAUAAAAACAUAAAAAAGCUUUAUUCCCAUGGAUGUCAAAUUUCGAUAGAUGUCAUCUUCAGCAUUUUUUUAAAUAAACAAAUGUCCAAGACACACUGUCUGUUGACGAAACUGUAGCCGAUGAGCGCCGGAUUCCGAGAGUUGAAUCAAGAAUUCAAAGACGUCUAGAAUACUGACUGGCAGCACUAGUCAAUCAUGGGUGAAUGGAGCAGGAUUGGAUAGCCAUGGAUUGGGACCUGUCCUCCCGCCGCGCACUCUGAGGCUGUUUGUAUGGUGUAUAAAUAUUGGCUGUAACUGGCAAGGAGCUGGCAUACAUUACAGGUGGGAGCACACUACUCGCAGGAACUACCUUCACACUCAGACACCCCCUGUAGAAUGUCCACACUGAAACUGGUUACACUGGGGCUAUUAGUCGCCGCCGUGGUCAGCGACAAGCGACAGGGCGUGUUCGGACCCUGCCAGGGCUGGGGGGCGGGCUGCACCAGCUACUUCUCCUACAGACCCCAGCCACAACCCCCCACACGCAAGAUCACCAGAAACGUCCACAAGGCUCCCGCCUACAUGUUCACUUCCGGUUCGUCGUGGAAGCCAAUCGGCAAACGCGGCAAGGACGCAAAGGAUACGAAGAAGCGGACAUCCUGGUUUACCGACAUCCCCUACCUACGGAAUCCCUUCCUCUCCUACCCCCGCCUCAAAAACGGCGCAGGUGGUCACUUAAACAGCCUCAACCGCGUGUCAUCCUCACAAAGACAGCGGCACCACAAUUUGGUGGAGGUCUAAGCCGACCCGUGGUCCCUUUCUCCGGGGGGAAAUAUUUUUCUUCGAGGAAGAACAACGAAAUUAUUAGUUGAUUGUUUGAAAGAAUUGCUAUAAAAGUGCUCACAUAAACAUA